AUGCGAAGCUCGGCCGUUGCCAGAAGUGUUGCUGCCGCACGUGUUCAGCGCGAUUCUUCUUUUACGAAGGGCAAAAUUGCCAAUGGAUUGACUGUUGUGUCUCAAGAUAACAAUGGACCAGUCAGUCAAUUGGUUCUCGCUUUUCGUGCUGGAUCUCGUUACCAGUCGCCUGAACAAGGUGGGCUUGUUCAUCACGUCCGAAACUUUGUCGGUCGUGACGUCCAAUCAUACCCUGGACUGCAAUUAGUUUGGUCAGCCGCAGCCAGUGGAGCAAGCAUGAAAGCGUUCUCCACAAGAGAUGUUUUCGGUGUCCAUUUGACUGUUCCACGCGAUAAGGCUGCUUAUGCUCUUUCAAUUUUGGGCCAUACUGCUGCUAAGCCAGCUUUCAAACCAUGGGAAAUGGAAGAUGUUAUUCCAACAUUGUACGCCGAUAUUGCCCACAAAAACCCGUACAGCGUUGUAUUUGAAGAUAUUCAUCGCGCUGCUUACAGAAAUGGAGCUCUUGCUAAUUCUGUUUAUGCGACGAAGGGGCAAGUUGGCUCGUCGAAAUCGAAGGAUCUUUGCAAAUUUGCGGAGAAACACUUUGUUUCUGGAAAUGGUGUUAUUGUUGGAUACAAUGUCGAUGCCGCUACUUUGAAAUUGUAUGCUGACGAAUCGGGAGCGAUCGAAAAUGGAUCAUCUGUCGCUGUUAAAGAAUCGCCAUAUCGCGGAGGAAAUUUCCGUCGUCAUGCAAAUGGAAAAGAUGCUCACAUCAUUAUUGCUGGACAAGGAGCUUCCAGCAACGAUGUCAAGUCGCUAGCCGCCCAAGCCGUUCUUCAGGCAGUUAUUGGAAAAACUUCACCACUCAAAUUCUCAUCGUUGCCGGGAACGAACAGUUUGCUCGGAAAGUUGCCCUCGGGCACCGUCGGAAGUGCAUUCCAAGCAAUUCACGACCAAUCUGGACUUGUUGGUGUUUACAUUCUCACCAACGGAUCUAAUGCAGAGUCGUCUGUGAAGAAUACUGUGGCAUCUCUUCGUUCCGCUAAAGUUCAAGAUCUUGAAGCUGCCAAACGUUGCGCUAUCAACGACAUUCUUACAAGAUCUGAACGCGGUUCUACUAAUGCAUUGGAAGAGGCGAUCGCUGCUCUUUCGGGCGGCCCAUCAACCGCCGAGCUUAUUUCAGCAAUUGGAAAGGUUUCCACCAGUGACGUUGAAUCGCUUGCUAAGAAAGCCUUUUCGAAGUUGUCGAUUGCUUCUUACGGAAACAUUUCCAAUGUCCCAUACGUGGAUGAGCUUUAA